GCAAGAUCGACGGGGGAACGUAGCCUAUACCGGAAGCGGGGGGGGGGAAGAGAGGAAGUCACGGAAGGAGCGGAACACGUGCGGCCCGUAGCAGCAUUUAAUUAAUGGAUACCAAAAAGAAAUUUAUUGGUAAAGGUGGAAAAACUGGCCGUGGUAAAAAGAAGCUUACAAAAAAUAAUGCAGAUCCUGGUCAUCCAAAGAGAGUCAUUAGAAAAAAUGAAGAUAUAAAACCCACAUUUAAAUCUAAGAAAAAUGAAAAAGGAGGCAAAAAACCUAAUAAAACUGGCACGAAACAUUGGAAAAGUAAGCAACUCUCAGGGAAUGUUUCCAGAAAGCGCAAAUUUCAAGGUGAUACAGAAGGCUCCCAACCUAAAAAGCCUAAGUGGGCUGACAUCAAGAAGAAAAAGAAGGAAAUAAAACAGAGCCGCCAGCUGAAUGAGAAGACCAAUUAUGACAUAAUUAUUAAAGGAAAACAGAUUUGGGAAGCUCUACGGCGAAAAAACUGUGACAAGGAAAAACGCAAGAAGCUGUUGAGUGAUCUUCAGAAGUUACUUCAUGGAAAAAUUAAAGAUAUGGCAUUUGCUCAUGAUUCCACUCGUGUCAUUCAGUGUUACAUUCAGUUUGGCAGUGAAGAACAAAGGCAAGAAGUAUUUGAAGAAUUAAAAGAAAGUUUCACAGAAUUAAGCAAGUCCAAGUAUUCUAGGAACAUUGUGAAGAAACUUCUCAUGUAUGGAACAAAACCACAAAUUGCAGAAAUAAUCAAAAGCUUUAAAGGUGAGGUUAAAAAGAUGUUACGGCAUGCCGAAGCAUCCACAGUGGUGGAAUACGCCUACAAUGAUAAAGCCAUUCUUGAGCAGCGGAACAUGUUGACGGAGGAGCUUUAUGGUAAUACAUUCCAGGUCUAUAAGACAGCAGAUCAAUCAACCUUGGGUAAAGUGCUAGAGAUUCAGCCCGAAAAGCGAGAAGCCAUUAUGGAUGAGAUGAAACAGAUCCUUACCCCAAUGGCUCAAAAAGAAGCUGUAAUAAAGCAUUCAUUGGUACAUAAAGUUUUUUUGGACUUUUUUACUUACGCUGUCCCUAAACAGAGAUCUGAAAUGAUUGAAGCAAUUAGAGAAGCUGUCAUUUACUUGGCACACACCCACGAUGGGGCCAGAGUAGCUAUGCAUUGCUUGUGGCAUGGGACUCCCAAGGACAGAAAAGUGAUUAUGAAAACAAUGAAGACGUAUGUUGAAAAAAUAGCUACAGGUGAAUUUUCACAUUUGGUUUUGCUGGCAGCAUUUGACUGUAUUGAUGAUACCAAACUUGUGAAACAAUUGAUAAUAUCUGAAUUGAAUAGUAAUUUAGCCGCUGUUAUAAACAACAAAUAUGGAAGGAAAGUCCUGCUAUAUUUAUUGAGUCCACGGGAUCCGACAUAUUUUUCCCCAGCAAUAAUCAAAAUCCUGCAACAGGGUGAUGAAAAUUCUCACAGUAAAAAGGAUGCAGAUGUUCGCCAUGGUGAGCUUCUGGAAGCCAUUUCCACUCCCUUAUUACAGCACCUCAAUGCACAUGCUGAAGAAAUGGUGAUGGACAAAGCUGCAUUCAUUGUAGUGACAGGCAUCCUCAAGGCUGCUGUCGGUGAUGUCCAGCCAGCGAUGAAAGCCAUCGCUGGUCUUGCUGCAAGAAAGAUGAUUCCGGGGGGAGAAGAUGGACAGCUUCACAUUGCUGAACAUCCAGCCGGUCAUUUGGUGCUUAAGUGGCUAAUAGAACAAGAUGAGAAGAUGAGUCAGUCUGGCAGAGAAGGAUGUUUUGCAAGAAUCCUGAUAGACCAUGUGGGAAUUGAUCUUCUAAAGACCUGGGUGGAUGUGAAUCGUGGUGCAAUUGUUCUGUGCCGCCUUCUUCAGAGCUCUGAUCAAGAAGUUGCAACACAAGUCAAAGAUGGACUAAAGAGCAUUAUUCCAAAACUAAAAAGGACUAAAGACUGUACAGCAGCAGCAAAGGCAUUGCUGGAGAAAUUAUUAUCCUAAUUUAAUAAUUAUUCAGUUCCUCUAUGACAGGGGUGUCAAACUCAUGUCAGGGUAUCAUCACGUGACGUAUCAGGACUCCCCCCCCCCUUCACUAAACCGGGCGUGGCCAACGAGUGAUGCAUCCAGGCCACAAGUUUGACAGCCCUCCUCUAUGACAACCAGACACAUUUUUAAAAGAAAUGGAAAGGGUUUUGGGCAGAGUUGGGUUAACUUAAAAAAAAAAUCACAUAUUUUAAUUUGUCAAUAAAUUCUUAUACCUUU